AUGGCCAAGAAGAAGUCAGCUCAAGAAUCAAUCGCAAUCUUACCUUCAGCAGGUAAAAAACUUACUUUUGACGAUGAUGAAGAAAUAGAAGAUUCUGAACUUGAUGCUUCUAAUUUACCAAGCCAAGGAGAUGAAUAUGACGAUGACAUUGAAGACGUAGAUGAAGGAGACUGGACUGACGAAGACCAAGAUGAAGAUGAGGAUGAGGAUGAUGAUGAUGAUGACGCUCCUGAGGCUGUUGGUAUGAGUAAAGCAUCAGAGCAGGAGAUGAAGUUGGCUGAAAGAGAAUCUGCAUCAAAGGCUUCGCAAAAGGCAGCUGCAAAAGCACGUUCUCAAGCUAUCGCAUCUGCUAAAGCAGAAUCAUCAAAGUCCAAGGUACAAUCGAAAGUCAAGAAUCUACCUAAUCCACCCAAGUCGAAGAAAAGACAAGUUGAAGACGAUUCAGAAGAUGAAGAUGAAGAUGAAGAUAAAGAUGAAGAUGAAGAUGAAGAUGAACAUACGAAAAGAUUGAGAAAAAGGAUGGAAGCAGCUAUGGCUCAAGCUUCAGACGAAGAAGACGAUCUAUCUCUUUCAGAGGAUGAAGAUGAUCGAAACUCCUUCCAUACCGACUCGGAUGAAGAUGACGAGGACGAAGAGGCAGAAGAUGAUGAUGAAGUAGAUUCUGAUGGAUCAGAAGAUCUUUCAACUAUCAAAAUAGACCAAUCUAAAUUCAAAGCUAUGCAAGCUAUGAUGGAAGCCGCAGAAGCAAGAGCUGGUAUUUCAGCCCCUUCCAAAGCAGGUCCAUCCAAAGUUAAGAAAGUUGAGAAAAGAAAAGCUGCCGAACAACCUGCAAAAGUAGAUUCGGAUUCGGAUUCAGACAAUGAGGAUGAAUACGAUAAGGAAGAAUAUCAAAAGGACGACGAAACACAAUGGGAUUUGGUUCCAGGCAGAGUUAAACCACUUUCCAAAGCAUUGCUCCAAAAAGCUGCUCAACAAGAAAAGGAAAAGAAAGAAUUAGCGGCUCAGAAAGCUGAAAAUGCCAAACAGAAAGAUUCAGAAGACGGUAAGAGGAGGAAGAAAAGAAGAAAGGUUGUCAAAGAGAAAACGGAAAAGAAAGUUUCCGAAAAAACCACUUUACAUCUAUUACCACCCACUUUCAAUCCCUCAAUAUCGUCAUUACCUCCUAUAGUGGACCCACGACAAAGAGUGACCGCAAAACCAGCUGGUAAAGCGUCGAAAGAUAAGUUCCUGAAGAACGCUAUGAAGAGUAGUGGACUGGUACCUGGUAGGGGGAUGGUAGACGGCCGCAGGAAGUUGAUAGGGCAAUCCUGA